UUUUAGAAUAUUACUGUCUGUAUCUGUACCAGUGUAACAGAUGUAUUGUUAUGGUCAGUCUUCAUCAUCAAUUAUAAUUUUCUUACACACACAUGAUAGCUAACUUUUGAAGGAGGGCGUAAUGCAUGUGGACUUCAUGAAUGGAAUUAUGGCUACUACUUUUCAAGAAUAAUUUAAUAGCUGAUCAUAAUGCUAUUUUCUGUGCUAGGGUUGCUGACUUUUAUUGGAAGCGACUUUUUACAGUAUUCAUAUUUGAAUUGGUAACUUUCAAGGCAGCCCCUCCAACAGGCGGGUCGAUCGUUCGCGAGUCUGCGGUAUGCUCUUUUUAGGCCACCAAAAUACCUGUAUUCUGAACACUUACACGAGAACCAACGAAAAUUCAAGUUUACCCUGCAACCCUCUUCUUUCUAUAUGGUUGUUGUGAUCUGGGAAUUUUAAUGGUACGAUUAUUAUGAUGUCCGCUAAUUCUUCAGGCAUAACCUAGUCUGCCUUUUCAAUGUUCAACCAAACACCAAAGAAGGCUAGUAUGGGGAACGACCUCUCAAGAGUAAUGUAUGUAGAAAUAUUUUGUUUGCCCAACCAUUUAUCGUGUUACCAUGCGGAUGUUAGUUCUUUUCUUAAAUUAAGUUAUGGAGCCAGUCCAAAAUGCGAGCUCAGCAACUAUUGUGAAAGUUAAAACUGAGACCCUAAUAACGUAUUUCGGAAGAAGGUGCCUUUCUGCAGGGUCGGCGGAAGAUUAACGGCCUGAAUGCUGUCAAAAAUGCUGACUAAAGAUUGCUAAUGAGAUUCUGUGGAUUCUUUGUUUGCUGUACGUGUACAAUUUCAGGUCGCAGUUUCGUCUUCCAACUUAAAUUGUGUUAAGCUUAGACUUGCGAGACUGGCUAGAUUUUUUGAGUGUGCAGAGUGGACUAAAGAAUUAGUUAGGGUAGUAAGACUCAUUUGCAUUAGAUUUUCCAGAUUACACGUUUUGUAAAUCAAUACCACUUUCGCCAUUUGCCAGUUUUGUUCACUACACAGCCGGUUAUUGAGCUGAAUUUUUUAUAAGGACAAGUCUUGUAAGAAACAUCAGGCUAAAAUUUGCCCAAGAAAUAAGAACAACAUAAGAAACAAGGCAGGCUGAAAUUCAACAAAACUCAAGCAAUAAGAUACCAGGAAAAAUUGAAAAAUGAAAGAAAGGUGCAGAAAGAUAGAAGCAAUAAGCAAAUAACAUUAAUUACUUUAUCAAGCAUAAGUUAUGUAAUGACAAUACUAUCCACAGGGAGCUCCAUUACAAAAAUAAUAACAAAAAGGAAACAUGACGCUGAAAUUUUGUGAAAAAACAAUCUUCAACACCAGGAUUAAACUGGAGCCAAGUGUUCUUAUCAAGAAAAUCAUGUAAAGUGGCAGGGCUUAUUUUUAGAAUGCUAACUAUGGAGGCAGGGGGUGGGGUCAUUAAUCACAUAGUCAAAUAUUAAGUUCUAAACUUUGUAGCAUCAAGAAGCCUUCAAUUAAAGAGGUGUUUUUCAUUUAAGCUGUUGCAGAUUAAAGAGAAAGUCAUUCUUGAUACUGGAAAGAUAAAACUUCAAGUCACACUUUACAGGCAGACAACAAAUUUAGUGUAAGAAAUUGAAUGAAAAGGCUCUUGUGUAUAGUGAUAAAUUUGCACUGUCUAUUGCCACUGACAUUAAUGGUUGCUUUUCAGUGUUCAAGAUAACAAGAGUCAGUCAGAUUUUAUCCACAAUUAUGGUAUCAGACGAUGGGGGAUGAAAUUAAAACAAAUUUACCAAUCCAGCAGUUCGUUAUAACAUCAACUGUAACAUCCACUGUAGUCUCUCAAAACCAGUUGCCACUUUUGGUGAACAAUGCCAGUGCUGCUGUACUUAGCAAGUUUCUCCCAACAAUGAGUGCAGUUCCAGCUGUCCCAGUUGGUACCAAUUCUGCUGUAGCAGUCAUACCUGCUGGGGGUGCACAACAACUGCCGAUCUUGGAUGGAGGUGAUGCAGUACAAUACGGUGGUUCAGGUGUUAUCUAUGCACUCUCCCAAUACUCACCAUUUAUCAGCAUUCCAAGAUAUCAUCCAAGUGGCCCUGCCCAUAGCCCCCCUCUGAUUGAAGAUGAAAACAGUAAUCUUGGCCCAGAGGACACAGAAACAAAAACCACAUCAACAUCAUCAUCAAGAAUAUCUCCAUCAUCGCAAGAGCAGCCUCUUUGUAAUGAGCCAGGAAAGUGUCAGGCUGGAGGAGAGGUUCGACUGACUUAUUUGGCAGAUCACUUAGAAAAUCUAAAGUUACCAGAUGGUUUUGUUCUUGUUGGGGCAAAAUCUCCCAUGUUAAUAGGCAUGACGUUAGUUGCUGCUGUUGACAGACGCUAUUUGCCAAGUGAAGGAAAUUCCGUAGCCAUGUUGGGUUUCAGUGGUAACUGUAUUGGCUGUGGUGCUACGGGGUUCCGGUAUUUCACUGAAUUCUCAACUCACAUCAACCUGAAACUUGCAACACAGCCUAAGAAACAGAAGCAUCUGAAAUAUUAUAUUUUGAAAGACAAAGAUGGGAAAUGGACGAAGGGAGCACUUAUACCGUGGAAAGGGACUGAAACACGAAAGAGGAACUUACCCCUAUACAACAGCAUAACAACUGUUGGGAGAACUCCAGAGCUUCUACCACCAUAUACAAUGUAUUCAGGAAAAGAUGCCAAGAUGUCUAUGCUGCUGACGUCAGACCAGGUCUUACUCCAAGCAACAUCAUACCCUAUGGCCAAGAAGCCUCGAGUGGCCCUGGACCUAAAUGUCGACAUAUCAUCAGAUCCCAAUGCAACGGUGCUGAAUCCCACCAACGCAACACAGGCUCAAGCAAUGAUGCCAGGGACUUCACCAAAGCCUGAUCCUGAUAUUUUCUUGUCCUUCAAAAUGCCAAUUUCUGCGAUUUGUGGGGUUAGGCCCGUCCUACUUCUGUGCCAAAACAACAACUUCAAAUUGCCAAACAACAUCAAUGACAUCAUAAUAAGCGAUUUAUUGCAUGGAUGUUUCGAUAGCACUAGUCCUAUUGAAAACAUACCCGCCUCCACUGAGUCGACUUUUGUCAAUCGAGGUUCCAUCAUGGCUACCGGAUCAAAACGGAUUGAAAAUGACGAAAACAUACACUCACGCGUAGAGCAAAAUGCAGCAAGCACAUUAAUAAGCAUGAGCUCUGCCUCAACGUCAACAUCAACAUCCACCUCGGUGAACAACUUGACGAACUCUUCGAUUAUGUUUCAGCCAGGAAGUAGGCCACACACUCUUCAGUUUCAAGCCACAACCAGUAGCGCAUUAUAUCAACAAUCUGACACGUGUGGAUUGCUGAAGUUGCCUGUUGCAGCGUCUGUUUUAAUAUUGAUACAGUAUCUAUCUGGCCUUGAUGAAUACAAUAAUAUAUGCCGCGAGGAAAUCGAAGCGCUGUUACAGCGAGCGAGAAUGGAAAUGAUGCCGUCUCGGCAGCAAACGUCCCUGACUCAAUUCGCCUCAGUGGCUACUUCCCAAUUAAAUGUUAUGGCAAAUCUCUUAGCGAGCUCCUCUAAAGGCAGAGUUAAAGUCAUAAAUUCCACGUAUUCAUUACAAAAUGGGAUUUUUAAGGCUUUACGAUGGGUUCAUGAUACUUUUGUGCAAAGCAAAUCAGGCAAAGCUAGAAAGAUUUCAAUUCCGAACUUCCUCAUGAUAUUAUCGACACCUAGUCAGGGCAGUGUUGAAUUCUGUGUUCUUGUUACUGGCAUCACACACGCCAAGCUCUUGGCUGAAGCACUAGGGCUUCAAGGCAUUGUCAACUCGCCUUUCGAUGAGGAUCUUAAAAAGCUUGUUCUUCAGUUCAAACAAACAGAGGAUGCUCUCAAUAUGCACCUAAAAGCUUUCAGUAAAAACUUAGGAAGCCAGUGCUUUGCACCCUAUUAUGCCUACGCACAAGUGCGGGUUUCUGCAGACAAUGCCCGGGUCUCCACGCCAACUAAAGGAGAUUUUCGUGCUGUUAACACGAAAUUCAUCUUCGCGAACCAAGCUGCAAUGGCUGAGCAACUGCUGUCUCAACUUUGUAACAUCGCAGAUAACACUGACAUCCUUGAGCUGCCUUCAUUCGCGCGCGUCGAGCUGCUGAUAGUUGUGCCACACAACAUGUCACUGUAUCACCAAACCAUCAAACGCCUUUGUGAAUCAGGUAUUCUUCUUGACCUUGGGCUAGAAAACGAAGAAGCUUCGGAUGAUCAUGAAGUUGGAGAAAAGUAUGUCCUCACCUACUCGGAUUGGCAAGCAAGUUUGAAGAAGUGGGAAGCAUUUGUAAAGAAAGUGAUGCGGCAAAGUCACACACUGUUUAUGCUGGUGUUCGACCAAUCUCAAAGCUACUGCUUACCACAGGGAAUGCCGGACGUGUUGCCAAGUCUAAAGGAAGUAUUUGAAUCGAUCAACGUCAUACCGUUGUUUGUCACUGCAGUUCCGUACAUAUUUCAGUCAAGGCAGUCGUUUAUUGACCCGGAUAACGAAGUUUAUUGGACCGAUGCCCGAAAUAUUGCAGGAAACAAACCUAGUGUGAUUGAAAACAAAUACAUUAAAGUAAACGACCAGGAAAUGAUUUACUUUGGGAUCAAGGAGUACGCCGAUUCUGCCAAGUGGUGUCAACAGUAUCCAUUGAUAAGGCAUGAAGAAACAUUUGACCUUUGCGUUCCAAGAGCAAAUAGGUAUAAUGAUAUUCCGUACAAUGUGGUACACGGUUUUCUGCUGACCCGCCUGUACCGAGCUGCUCUAAUGGUCGCAGCCGGAAUCAAACCAGCUGAACAGUACUGUGUGCUUUCUGCCAUUCAAAUGACCAGAGACAUCGUUGAAGCUCCGCUCAAGAAGAGGGACGGAUCCGGAUACAUGUUGCUGAUCAGAGUACCGAACACGGACGUGGCCAAAUACUGUUACAAUUUGAUCAAACAAACCAGAGACAAAGUUGGAUUUCAGUAUCGCUUUGAUGUGAUAUACGAUGAUGGGCAGAGCAAUUUCGAACUGGAUCAUCAUUUUCUAGAGAGAAUGAGGGCUUGGAGGCGUUUGAGUGGCCAAAACAACGCUGACAGCUGGUUCCCAGGAUGCCUAGAAGAACUGCUUGACCUGCCCUGCUUUGUUAUAUACGCCGGGAAGGACAGGGCUGGCCAAACAUUUCCAAGAUCCUUGAAGUACUGCGACCUGCGACUAGUUGACAGUGGGUACUUGCAUCGGUCUGCAGUCGAGGCUGAGAUCGGCUCAAUCGCCUGCUACCUGAACCUCAAUGCAGCUAUAUACGACUCUACAUACCCAAAAAGCAUCAUUAUCCCAACGAUCAGAAGCAGUGCAGGUACAACAUACCUUGGGCCUCACGUAACUGGAACUCAAUUAGUUGGAGUCAAAAAUGAAGCGAAAGAAACCCAAGAAGACUCUGAAAUGAAUCUGAAGAUUGACGAAGACUCUUCCGACUCCCAGGAUGACACUGGCAGUCACUUCUCGUCUAGAUACCCCCUGCCAAUUAUACUUGCUUCAAAGACUAUCUGGCAGAUUAUUCAGUCCCAUGGCGUGCAGACAGGGUGGCAGCCAAAGUUGAUGAACCUAAACUCGGAUCCAAACACCCGGUGGGUUGACAGCAAUAGACCGGUACUGGCCAAUUGCAACCCGGAUCACCAGUCUAGAUAUUACAGGCGAUGGACAGCGGCCCGUGAAGCACGCAAGGUUCUCACAACCCCUGGCACGUCGUUACCUGCUUCUCCGACAGAGACUUCCACUAGCAACACUUUUAGUCCACUGUUUAAAGAAGCAACGAAAAAGACAACUCAAGAUGCCAGUGUCUUGCUAUCCGAAGUUCCCAAUGACGAAGCGUCUGAUGAAGACGACAGUGAUAAAGAGCAGUUCCAUCCAAGAUGUCUACUUUUGUCUGGCCCACCUCAGGUUGGAAAGACUGGUGCCUAUUUGCACUUCGCAAGGCUUCUGCACGGAAUGCUGAUGCGCCUAAAGCGGGUUGAUGUUUAUGAUAACAGGGUUUCAUAUGCCCCUGCUCUCGAUCCGAUGGAAAUUUGUGGAAUCGAGGCCAUACAUCAUCCACAAUGGCCUGACGUAAGCAAGGUGUCUGAGACUGAGUUCAUCACUGAGUUUCUAGACAGCGAGUUCAAGAACUUCAGCCGUGUUCACAUAUCGUCGGUAAUAAAAGACGUGAAGCCAGACAAAAAACAAGAAGUGCAAAUGCUGAAGAGAAUUUCUGACGUCACAGAUAUCGGUGGGCAACAGGUCGUACCAGUGAUUCUCGCUGACUGUGCGGCCCACGACACUUUGCAUCAUUGCGACAGCUGCAAGUUCUAUCGCGAAGGAAUGGGAGGAGACACGACAAAGGUUUUUGAUUACCAACUCAAAGGCUUUGGAGACGAUAAUUCAGAGGUGGAGCUGCAAUUUAUCAUUCCUGUAAUGCACAUGAAGUACUUCUUAGUGGACGAAGAGCAACAAACUGUCCAGGGUUUGUUUCUGCCAAAGAUAAAUGUUGCAACGCCAUUCCCGAAAGCUGUGAAAACAUACGAGGAAACGUUGAUUGGAAGGAAAAUUAAGACUCCAAUUUUGAUGGCAAGUUCCGAGGGGGAAGAAGAAGGUUUGUUAAACCUGUUCCACGCAAUGGAGGAAACAGACUAUGUUCACAUAACAUUUGUCAAGCAAAGUGAGCUGUCAAUGUACCAGAAAAACUGGCCUAAUCACGUAUUCGUCGUUUUGCCGCCAGAUUUCGAUGACGCAAGUUUUGGAGCUGUGAAGCAGGUUAUGAAGCAUUUCGGGAGACAGAAUUAUGAAUACGAAGUUAACCGACAGAACAUUGAAUCAAAUUCUGAUGAGGACAUAUGGCCAUUGGUUUUAAUGGUAGCUGAUAAUGUUGUUAUGUGGCAACAGGCUGGAAAGAAUAACCAGCCAGUCAACGAUAAAGAAGAUGAGAUUGAUUCGAUGGAUCCGGAUGCUUUAUCACCUUCCGCUGAUACCACUUCGCUUUUCGACAUCAUGAAGCUAGUGGAGGCGACCCCCCAUGUGCUGCAGUACGGUAUAAUCGGCCUAAGGCCGUGGAGCUCGGCUCAAUUCGAUGUGCCCAUGCAUGGCUUUAUUCGGACUUUUGUUCAUUCCUGUGUCUUUAUGAACAUCAAGCAGACAUACAAUAUUUGCUUCAAGAACUCAAAGUAUAUCGGUGAAAAUAUCGACUUUCAGCUCAGGCUAGUGGAAAACAACAUUCUUACGUGUCGUUUUGAACAUCUGAGCUUCAUGUGCAAGGUGACAGCAAGGAGUGGUUGGAGGGUGCCAUUCCGCUCACAAAAGUGGGAAAAUAUGAACGAUAGUGAACCAAUUACCGAACCCCCGUAUUCCCACUUGGUUGCACCCCCUGAUAUAGAAUACUUGAAAACGAUAAAUGCGCCUUCGCAUCUUGUAAUGCAGACAUACUUGAGGAUAUGUGGGAACAUGUUAUUUCCAGCGUCAGUGGACCAGCCUGACUAUCCUGUCUUGAUAAUAGGGGGUUAUGUAGAUCUUGGUGAAAAGAUCACUAUAUGCGUUAUCAAUGGCAAUUUAACCGGGGAACUGAAUGAGGCGACGAAAAACCAAUUGGAAAGGAAAUACGGGGGUCUAUUACUCUAUGAUUAUCCGCAAAGUUUGGAAAAAGAAUUUUUAUCGAAAUUCAAGUUUAUAGAUGACGCUAGGUUGUGCAUUAUAUCGAAUGACCGUUAUAGGAUGCGAGAAGAAAUUAACCGUUUAGAUUUGGAGGAGAACUGGCGUUUCAGAUUCAGAGACGAGUACCAAACAGCGACAUUAACAGAGGGUGACUCCAAGCCAGUUUUCUUUUUAACUGGUGUAAUAGAUCUCUGAACUGAACCUGUAUUCACGUUUCAGGAAGGUUUGAAUGCUGAAAAGUGUCGCUGCUUGCCCCAGGGACUCGAGGGAAUCAGCGUGCGCUCUUGCAGUUCGGUUUAGGACGCGAUCGGUUGAUGCAGGGGGCCUAGGAAUGAGCCAUCUGAACGUUGUUAUCAAGUUGCUUCUUCCAGUUGUCACAUGAAGCCAGCGGCGGAUUUAUUGUCUUUUCUCGUCAACCGAAUCUGCUGCAAGGUUAAUAUGACAGAAUUUUUAGGGUGCUACAUAGUGAAAGCUGGAAUUAGCAGGUUUAACGCAAAUUUAGCUGUUUGAGGAGUAGUAAGUAAUGUAUGCUUAUUUAUAGCGGCAGAAGGAACCAGUGAAUUUUUAAAUAAAUAUUAAUUUAAUGUCCUGUUUCUACGUACGGUUGAAAUUAUUUUUUUCCCGUUACACGAUUGUUGGUGCUCAUUUAGGGCAGGGCUGUAGUGCUUUGACUGGAGAAUGUUGUUCUCACCUUGUAGGCUUGGAUUAGAGAAAACAUGCUGGCUUAUAGACUGAAAAAGUGAGAAACCAACCCAACCCCCCCCCCCCAUCCGUCUCCUUAAAAUAUUUUUGUUUUGUUAAGAAUGAAAAUGUUUCGUGCUUUGAAUGCAGUAGGGCUUUCACUGGCCAGUGAUGGUAAAUAACCUUGCUUGCAAAUUGCAGCGAUACAUUGCCCAAAAUUGCUCUCCUUUUUAGGGACCCCCAUAUUUAUGUCGUCAGUGCUUGACCCGGCCUUCUUUAGCUCUAACCCUUUCAUUGAUUUGGUUGAUAUCUGUUCUUGGCAUCUCCAGCAUAUGCUUAUUCAAUGCACUCUUGUUUUGACUAUAAGUGGAUUAGCAACGAGUCUCUUAUGGAUACCAGGGCGGGAGAUGCAAAUCUCAGUCUGGAGAUGAAAAUGAUAAGUCGCUUUUGCUCUUGUGUGAAUGUAUUGCGUGAGUCUUUCUCAACCUACACGCACGCAAGCGCACACAAGAUAGGCAGAGUCUUUCAAAUCGAUCGUUUGAGGUAAGGCUUGAGGUUGACAAGGGUUUCUUAUCAGUCACGCGAUUUCUUGUCCUUACAGGAUCAUUUACAACAUUUUCUUCGAUGUACAUAAUUUGAUACUUCGUGCAAAAUAAUUCUUGUUUAUCAGAUGCCGUAUCGUGCGUUUUAUUAAUUUCAGAUUCGUAUUAGCGCGAAUUUUCAGAGUGCUUCGUUAGUGCGUCUUUAAUUUUGCAUACCCCUGCUGCUUUCAGCUAUAAUGUUUCUUGUAAACAUAAACACUUUAGAAUAAGUGUAGGUUUCGCAAUAUUUUCCUUAAUUUUCGGUUUUUUUGGACAAUUUGCACGCACGUCUAUUGUGAAGAAUAGAAUAUGAAAACAAUCCUGGAAUAGCACAACAAGAAUGAGUUAAAGUAAUACAGCAUUUAAUUGACAACAGUGUAAUAAAAUGUAAUUUCAUGCAAUUCUGAGAGGAGCAGAGCUAGGAUGCGCAAUGGUACUCUGAAAAUUGAGAAUUAGGAUACUGAAAAAUGUAUCUUAUAUAGAAACGGAGAAGGCAAGCAUCCGUAUUCAAAACAUUGCUGUAAAUCCUCAAGUUCGUCCUUGGGGGCUUAUUAAUUUAAUUAAGACGUUUUUUAUCAGGGCUUGCGAAAAUCUCCAAGUUGCCAUACAAAUAGUUCGUUUUGUAACUUUUUAAAUAUUUUUAUGUUCAUAUCAUUUGCAGUUUAUCUUAAUAACUCUUUCAACCCACAGUUUUAUCAAAGGAAGAAGAGUAUAGGAAAUUGUGAAAAAACCUUGAUAUAUUCAUCAAAAUCACGUUUAAUUUAGCUUUUUUAUCAUUAUCCCUUGAAUUCAUUAUUAAUUCAUGGACUAAAAUGUUAUAUUUUGAAUUGUAUCUCAAUUAAGCCUUCAUAAGGUCCUUUCGGAAGACAAAAAUGUGCAUGUUAUGAUGGGAGCUUAUUCGAGGAUAGGUCUUUUUAGCAAUAUUUACUUUAACAAUAUUUAACAAUAUAGUUUAUAGGCAGUUGGCUGUUUGUAGCAAGCUCUCAGCUAUUUGCUAUCUGCCAUCUGCUAUCUGCUCGCAGCCUUUUGCUAUCUGCGCGUCGCCCUUCUGCUGUCUGCGCGUCGCCCUUCUGCUAUCUGCUCGCCCCCUUCUGCUAUCUGCUCGCCCCCUUCUGCUAUCUGCUCGCUUCCUUCUGCUAUCUACACGCCCCCUCCUGCUAUCUGCUCGCCCCCUUCUGCUAUCUGCUCGCCCCCUUCUGCUAUCUGCUCGCCCCCUUCUGCUAUCUGCUCGCCAUCCUUCUGCUAUCUGCUCGCCCCCUUCUGCUACCUGCUCGCCCCCUUCUGCUAUCUGCUCGCCCCCUUCUGCUAUCUGCUCGCCCCCUUUUGCUAUCUGCUCGCCCCCUUCUGCUAUCUGCUCGCGGCCUUUAUGCUAUCUGGUCGCAGUUAUUUGCUAUCUGCUCUUUCUUUCUGUAAAACGUGUGAUUUUAUUUAUACAUUACAGAUAAUCAUCGCGUAAUUCUGUUACAAUUUUCGUUUUAAACAGAGUAAUUUAAUAGCAGCUAAUUUCUAUAUGCAGAAGACGCAAAAAGGUGUAACAUGUGCACAAA